AAGUUUUCCGUUCUUAAAAAUACAAUUAAAAUUAACCGUUAAUUUUAUAUAUUUUAGAAAUUUUUAUAAUAUAAAUUAAAUUUAAUGAUAAUUAUUGUAUAACUAUUUAAAUAAAAUAAAAAAAUUAAACAUAACAACAAAUGGCUUUAAAAUUGAUGGGAACACUAUUGUUUCGCACACAGCAAAAAACGAUCAAACAGUUGUUUACCAAAACUAAUUACGACAGUGUGCGUUCUUAUCACAGUGCCAAAUCUCCUAGUGUACCGAAAAUGCGUUUUGUACAAUUCUUACGUAAAAAUGAUGAACGUAUGCGUUUGGGUGUUGUUUCUGAAGAUGGUACUAAGAUUGUCGAACUAUCGUGUGGCUCUUGCGUCUCUAAUGAUAUGAGAACCUUUAUAACACAAAAUUAUCCCUUAUCGGAAUUGCAAAAGAAAUUGGAUGAUGCCAAGGCCGAAGAAAUGAACGAUAGUUUUACUUUAUUGCCACCUGUUACUAAUCCCGAUAAGAUUAUUUGUAUUGGUUUGAAUUACAAAGAUCAUUGUGAGGAGCAGAAUAAGCAGCCACCUAAAGAACCCAUGUUCUUUAGUAAAUACAAUAACACCUUGACGGGACCUUUAGGCAAUGUUAUUGCCAAUAAGUUGACCAAUAAACUUGAUUGGGAGGUCGAAUUAGCGGUGAUUAUUGGUAAAAAGUGUAAAGAUGUUAAACGUGAACAAGCUUUGGACUACGUAUUUGGCUAUAGUGUAGCUCAAGAUAUAUCCGCUAGAGAUUGGCAGAAGGAACGUAAUGGUGGCCAAUUUUUGAUAGGUAAAUCAAUGGACACCUUUUUACCUCUAGGACCGUCGAUAGUUCAUAAGAGUCUUAUUGCCGAUCCACAUGAUUUGCAAAUGACCUGUAAAAUUAAUGGCGUUGAAAAGCAAAAUGGCAUAAGUGGUAAUAUGAUUUUCAAAAUCGAUGAUAUUAUCAGUCGUUUGUCACAGAGCAUUACUUUAGUUCCUGGUGAUGUAAUUUUAACUGGCACACCCAAGGGUGUUGGUAUGCAUCGUAAUCCUCCAGAGUACUUGAAGCCGGGAGAUGUUAUUGAAAGUGAAAUUCAAUGUUUGGGAAAAAUGAUCAACAAAGUUGUGGCUCCUUAAUUGAACUAUGCUUUUUUCUGCGAAAUUGUUUGUUAAAUUGUGUUUUUUAUGAUUUGUCUUUUAAAGUGAUUAAAAUGUGCAUUUAAAUAAUUGUUAAAAAUUAAAUAUUUAUGUAGAAUGUUUUCCGUAUAAAUUUUAUUUGUGCUAAAUAAAUUCAUAUUAAAAAGUGUA